UUAUAUUAGACUUUGAUAUGGAAAUCUCUUUCCAUCAGAAGCAACUAAGAACGUUUCCAGAUUGCUGCUUAUUUGUGAGAGAAAUUCGCUUCAUUUUUUCUUUCUUUUUCACUUUUUCUUUUUGCAGUAAUAACAGUGACAGGAAAAGGUACUAAAAAGUGUGGGAGACCAGUUCUUUCCUAUGUUAUAUUAUAACCUCCCCACAAACUUUGCACAAACAAAUCAAGGUGACUACAGUAAUUAAUAAAUAGGUCUAGAAGUAACCACACGUGCUGAAAUAAUGCAUGCCUAUCUGAUCCCAUUCUGAAACUUAUUAGAUGUGCAAGAGGCCUUGCUGCUUACUAAUAUGUUAAUUAUAGUAUUUAAAAGGCAGUGAGAAGAGAAACGAAGACAGAAUGCAACAUCUCUGAGAGAGCCAAAAAGCCACAGGAGAAAAGAGCAUUCACCUCUCACAGGUGUGCUGGACAGAUACAAAGAUACAGAAAGAAAAGGCAGGAGGAUGUUGCAAACAAUGAUAGACUGGAUUAAGAAGAUUCCAUUCCCAGUUCUGAGCUAUCUGAGACAGCUCUGGUCACUUAGAAGCUACCCUCCUGGGCCUCUUCCACUUCCUCUCAUUGGAAGCCUGUGGCGGUUUGGGAUCAGACUUUCUUCAGAUGCUUUCAUUGAGAUGGCAAAGCAAUAUGGAAACGUUUACACUAUACGGAUAGGACUUCUACCUGUCGUAGUACUGUCUGGCUUCCAAGCCGUGAAAGAAGCCCUGAUCAACCAUGAGGAAGAUUUUGUUGACCGACCGGUGACCCCUUUCCUUAGAACAACAUUAAAAGGAAGGGGAAUUGUAUUUUCAAAUGGUCACACGUGGAGGCAGCAGAGGCGGUUUGGUAUAGCUACUAUGCGGAAGCUGGGGCUGGGGAAGAAAGGCAUGGAGCACCAAAUAGAAGAGGCAGCCCAUCGUCUUGUGGAGGUCUUUGCAAAUUCAAAGGGACAGCCAUUUGAUCCAUCGGUACCAAUCACUAAGUCAAUCUCUAGUGUAAUAUGUGCUUUGACAUUUGGAAACCAGUUAUCUACAGAGGAUGAAAACUUUAAGAGACUGCUGGAGAUACUUGAAAUGAGCUUACAAUUUGGAGGCAGCUUUUUCCAUGCUCUUUAUGAAAUGUUCCCAUGGCUCAUGCAAUAUCUCCCAGGAACUCAUAAAAAGAUAUUUUCUGCCUAUGAUGAGGCAAUUUCCAUUGUACAGAAGGAGAUAGAGAAACAUAGGGAGCAACAUUCCCUGACUGAGCCACAGGACUACAUUGAUUUCUAUCUACUUCAGCUUGAGAAAACCCAGAAUGAUCCUUAUACUACAUAUGAUGAAGAUAAUCUGGUUGAGUGUAUUCUGGAUUUUUUUGGUGCAGGGACAGAGACAACUGCUUCUACUCUGAAAUGGGCAAUGCUCCUUAUUGCAAUUCAUCCAGAAGUCCAAGAUAAAGUCUACAAGGAGAUGGAAGAUGUUUUUGGUUCCUCUCACUCAAUCUCCUAUCAAGAUCGUAAGAAACUACCUUAUACCAAUGCAGUGAUUCAUGAGAUCCAGCGUGCUAAAUAUAUAUUGCUUUUUGGGCCACCUAGGCAGAGUGUGAAGGAUGUAAACAUACUUGGUUAUCCCAUUCCCAAGGGAACCUUUGUUAUUCCAGAUCUGCGCUCUGUUCUUUAUGAUCCGAAACAAUGGGAGAAUCCUAGAGAGUUCAAUCCAAAUAAUUUUUUGGACAAGGAUGGAAAUUUUGUGGCUAGAGAAGAAUUUCUGGCAUUCGGAGCAGGAGCCCGUGCAUGUAUUGGGGAGCAGAUGGCAAGAAUUGAGCUGUUCAUCUUUUUCACCAGCCUGCUGAGGGCAUUCAGCUUCCACAUACCAGAAGCGAAGAAACUCAACAAAGAGCCUGUAACAGCGUUGACAAUGCAUCCCCGUCCUUAUAAACUCUGUGCUGUUCCCCGCAGCAGUUCAUCGUAAAGCAUAUAUUGUAAAAAAUGUAUAUACUUCCAGUGUCUUAUAUCUUGCUGUAAAUUUCUACAUCGUUCUUGUUCUCUUCAUCCAACAUGCAUUACAGGAAGCUGGAGUAGAUCCCGUUCAACUCUGCAGUUCUCGAAUUCUGUGGCUUUCCCUUGGUUGGUUGCUCAGGUGCUACUUUAAUUGUGUGGUUUGUAGCUACACCUGAGUAUUUAAAAUACUCUCUGGGCAAGAUAUGGAAGGGAUGCUACAAACAAAUCAGCUGUUGUGCAGAGGAUCAGGACAAUGAAGGUAUUUUUUGGAAUUUAAACAACGUGAAAGGACAAUGCCUGUUGUUGACUGGAAUUAAGUGGAGUGGGGCAGAUUCUUUUAUGUUUUAUUACUCUGGAUAAUUUGCUAUGAUCUGCUUGAGAACAGGGGCUCAAUACUGCACAAUCUAAAAAACUUGUUAUAAGCUCUUUUUAUUAUUAUCAUAUAUGCACUAAGGGAUUUCAUGGGGAAGAAGCCUCCAGUUUGAGGAACUACUGAGUGAGAUCCCAUGGGCAGAAAUACUCAAAGAGACAGGAGUCCAAGAUGGAUGGGAGUUUCCUAAAGGUGAAAUAUUGAAGGCCCAAAUGCAGACAAUUCCAGCAAAAAAGAAAAGUGGGAGGCAUCUAAAGAAACUGGUUUGGCUGCAUAAGGAGCUUACAGAUCAGCUGAAAUUUAAGAAGGGCGUGUACAGGCAACCCUCGAUUUGCACAGGAGUUGUGUUCUGGGUCAUCAUGUGCAACAGUGGAAUGCAUGUAAGCCCUGCUAAGUAUAAUAAUUUAAUUGACACUGAAAUGGGGAAAUUCCACUUGAGUGUACUAAGCUAGAAAGAAGCUCUCUCUGAGCGCCUAGAUAAGUUUAUCAUUAACUAUUGUUCUUGUCCUCUGCUACCUAACGCAUGAGUGUUUAACCUUAGAUCACAUAAGAGGCAUUGAAUUACAACUUCGACACCUUGGAAAGGUGGUGGCUGAGUCGUUCUUAUGCUCUGUGAGAGUAAGAUGCACAGCCUCAGGCAAACUGGAAGCUGUAGGAAGAGAGAGGCCUCAGCUUUUAGGUCUGUUUGGAAUUAUCUUUUAUUUCUAAGAUGCUGAGCCUGUGCUGGACAGCACAAGAUAUUAUA